AUGUCAUCUCAACGUAAAACUGGAAGGAAGAAAAAACCGAUCUGGCAGUGGUUCAAUGAGGGCGAAAAGAUUAAUAGUUCACAUUAUUUGGCGCGGUGCAACUUUUGUCAUGAAAGCUGCCCUGGAGAACCUUCGAAAAUGACUAAACAUUUACUAGAAAAAUGCAAAAACAUCGAACAACAUGAAUGUGAUAACAUUAGAAAUAUUUUAAAAGCCUCUGAAACUAAAGGCUCAAAAAAAAAAGAUUCAAUUCAGAAUGAUGAAAUAGAAGUUGAAACUGUUUUGAAUACUUUAGAUUCACCUAAUUCGGAUUUGUCUAAUUCGGAUUUGCCUACAUUUACCUCAGAUUUGUCUACUUCGGAUUUAUCUAUUUCAUCCUUACCUAUUUCAGUUUUGUCUAUUAGAGAUAAAACAUCUAUUAAUCGUCAAUUGCUUAGAGCAAUUAUUUCAUCUAAUAUACCAUUAUCAUUCGUAGAAGACCCUGAAGUAAUUAAGUUGUUCAAUAUGUUAAAACCCGGAUAUCAGCUUCCAUCUCGCAAAUGGAUUAGUACUGAUAUUUUAGAUAAUGUAUAUGAGAAUGUGCAACAUGGUGUUCAACAAUUUAUAUCUGAUUCAAAAUUUUUGACACUUUCUGGCGAUGGGUGGACUAAUGUAUCAAAAAAUAGUAUGCUCAAUUUUAUCGUAACAAAUGAAAAGCAUGAAAGUCAAAUUUUGAAAAUAGAAAAUUGUUCUAAUCAACGUCAUACUGGAGAUUAUAUAUUUGCAAUAUAUAAAGAAAUCGGAAUAAGCCUUGGAGAUAAAUGGAUUGCAUUUAUUUCAGAUAGUGGACCUGAUUUCAAAAAAGCACAACGUCUUAUACGUGAGGAUCCUGAAAUUGGCAAUAAAGUUUUAACAAUUCUGUGCAUGGCGCAUCAAACCAAUUUACUGGUCAAAAAAAUAGUUGAAUCAUCAUUUUUUAAACCAGUUAUUAAAAAAAUGUUGAUAAUUAUUAAUCAUUUUCGAAAUUCCAAUCUUGCACUAUCUAAAUUAAGAGAGUUAGUUGGUAAUACAACUUUAAAACCUCAAUAUCCGUGUAUUACACGUUGGGCGACAUUUACAAAGGCAUCUGAAACAAUAUUGCAAAUUCAAACAAGUUUAAAGGUUAUUGCACUUAUGCAUUCGUCUUAUCUAAUUUCGCGCAUACAAGAAAAUAGUAUUAUAAUCGAUACUAUUAAUGAUAAUGAAUUUUGGACAAAACUAGAAUUAUUUUAUGAGUUAUUAAAACCAUAUGAUUAUAUCAUAAAAAUUCUAGAAACUGAAAAUGCUACAUUAGGUCAAGUCGCUGCAUCAUGGGCAUGGCUCCGUGAAACUAUUAACAAAAGCUCACUUAUUAAUGACGAUGAUUUUCAAGAUUUUUUAAUUAUGGAAAUUGAUAAUCGUUGGGAAAAAAUAUUUAAUCCUAUUUACUUAAUUACAUGGUUUCUACACCCAUAUCACCAUGGAGAAGGAUUAAAUCCAACUUGGCACUUAUAUAUUCAGGAAACUGCAUAUGGGUUAUUUUGUAUAUUUUAUCCUAAUUAUGAUCAGAAUAAAUUUAUUGACGAAUGGUUAAAUUAUUCAAAUCAGGAAGGUCCAUUUUCUGCAUUGUCAGUCAAAAAUCCAAGCUUUACAAGAUUACCAUUACGAUAUUGGCGUACCAUGCAUUAUGUAGCUCCAAAUUUGAGUGAAUUUGCAUGUCGCCUUUUAUCAAUCCCACCUAAUUCUGCAACCUCUGAACGGGUUUGGUCCUUAUUAGGUAAUAUACAUACAGAACGUCGUAAUCGGUUGUCUCCACCCCGGGCUGCAAAAAUGGCACAGAUCUCUUGGUAUAUGAAUCAAACCUCAAAAAAAAAAACUGAAAAAUCAAGUAAUGAUAAAAUGGAGGAUAGUAUUUCAGAUGAUGAUAAUGAUCGUAGUGUAGAUGAAUUUAUGGUUAAUUUAAACCAAAUAUCCGAAACUUUAAUAGAUGAUAUUCAUGUAUUCGAUACAAAUUGUGAAGAAACGAUUCCAAAACUUGUUGAUGUUUUUGAUUCAAAAAUUGUUAAAAAAUCCUUGAAUCAAUU